AUGGCCACGGCUAUGGUCCAACAGUCUGUAACUAGUGUUCAACAAGCAGCAACUUCUGCUCAACAAGCUGCAAUUCGAGCUCAAUGUGAGGCACUAAGGGAUCAGAGAGAGGAGGUUGUUGCUGCUGCGAGAGGACUGACUGAUUUUAAUCGACAACAUCCAUCAAAAUUCAAUGGAGAACAUGACCUAGAUAAGGCUGAUAUAUGGAUACAAGAGAUGAGGAAGAUCUUCGAAAUACUCCAUUGUGAAGAUGCUAAGAAGGUGGAAUACGCAACCUUUUUGCUUAGGACAGAGGCUGAAUCUUGGUGGCGAGGUGCGAAACAGCUAAUGGAGAGUAAUAAUGAAGCAUUGAACUGGGAUGCUUUCAAACAAAAUUUUUUGGACAAGUAUUUCCCAUCAAGUGCUAUAUUGGAGAAAGAUGCCCAAUUCCUUAAGCUUUACCAAGGCAGCAUGACUAUAGCUGAGUAUGCUGACAAAUUUGACUCCCUAGCCAAACAUUUCCGCUAUUUUCGUGACAAUGUGGAUGAGAAUUAUAAGUGUGAGAGAUUCAAACAGGGACUCAGAUAUGAAAUUAAGGAGUCUGUGGAGCCCUUGGAGAUUCGUCAAUUCCAAGCUCUAGUGGAGAAAUGUAAGAAGGUGGAACGAAUGAAACAAGGACGUCUGCAUAGAGGGGUUGCUGGAGGACUGUCAAGACCCCAGGAACAUCAAUACCAUAAUUAUAGAGGAAAGCAGCAAGAACCAUACACCCGACCCCAAAGGAAUGGUAGAGACCAAUCUCGAGGACAUUUCAAGGGAGGUCAGAAGCUACAAAAUCCAGGACACUUUGCUAAGGAUUGUAGAGCACCAAGAAGAGAUCAUAUACCAUCCACCAAUAACAAUAAUGAUAUCCCCCACCCUACUGCUAAGGGACGUGUCUAUCACAUUAGAGGAGAAGAGGCAUCAUAUGCCUCAGGAUUAGUCCAAAGCGAGUGUGAAAUCGCAAAUAAACGAUUUGUUGUGUUAUUUGAUUCUGGAGCUACACAUUCUUUCAUCUCUGUGGAUUGUGUGAGUUCUAUAAAAUUACAUGUUACUGUACUACCUUUUAACUUGGUAGUCACCAUACCGUCUGCUGAACCUGUAAUCUUGAAUGAAGCUUGUUUACAAUGUCCCUUGAAUAUCUUGGGCAUGCAAUUUAAAGUCGACUUGAUUUGCAUUCCUCUCAAACAUCUGGGAGUGAUCCUUGGGAUGGACUGGUUAUCUAGUCAUCACGUUCUUUUGGAUUGUGCUCGUAAGUCUGUAAUCUUUCCAGACCCUGAUGUUUCCCGAUUCCUCAAUAUCAACCGAUUGAAUAUUUCUUUAAAGGGAGGAAUCCAUAAGUAUGUAUUCUUAAAUUCUAUCAGCAUGAGACUAGAAGUAGAAAUUUCUGAGAUCCCGGUGGUAGGAGAUUUCCCAGAAGUUUCCCCAUUAGACGUGCCAGGGUUACCUCUAGUACGUGACGUUGAAUUUUCUAUUGAUGUGGUUCCAGGAACCUGA